AUGAAGCCGGGUGACUCCUAUCUUCUCGCCUACAACGCUGUUCAAGUGGUCGGAUGGAGCGUCAUUCUCGUCAAAACGAUCAUUGGACUCUCCGAAAAUCGUUCAUGGGCUGAUCUCUACACUGAUGUUGAACCUUUUGUGCAAAUCUUCCAAACGGCGGCUCUCAUGGAGAUUGUUCAUUGUGCCAUCGGACUCGUGCGUUCUCCUAUUGCUACAACUAUUAUCCAGGUGUUCUCUCGCGUCUCAGUGGUGUGGCCAGUUCUCUACAAAGUUGGUGAUGCACGCGAUAGCAUUGGAGUGCCGAUGUUGCUUUUGGCUUGGUCAAUCACCGAGGUCAUUCGAUAUUCUUUCUACGCCUGCAACAUCAUCAACAAAGUGCCCUCUUUUCUCACUUGGUGUCGAUACACGUUCUUCAUCAUACUUUACCCAAUGGGAGCAUCCGGCGAGUUGUUUACUGUGGUCCGAGCCUUGCCCGAAGUUCACGCGAAAAAGCAUUUUACCCUUGAAAUGCCAAAUUGCUUGAAUAUUGCAGAUUUAUGCGUGCAGAUGGAACCCGAUUUGAGUUUCAUUGGAACCGAUAUCGAUUUAAAUGAUGUAGCUGCUCUUCAUCGAAGUCGACUAAUCGUUUUUGUGAAUGCUUUUCUUCAAAAAUCGGUGCAAUUUCUAAAUGUUUUCUCUCAACUUGCCGAGGAUCAAAUUCUAAGUGCCGAGAGAAAUCUCGAUGCUAUCGAAACGAAACUUCAAAUACUUGAAGCUAAACUAAAAAGAUUUCCUAAAAGUACUGAAGAAGAAAAUGGGAUUACAAAUCAACGAUUGGAAGAAAAGACAAUAAAUCGAGAUGAACAAUCACCUCCACAAGCUGGGACAUCGCAAGAAAUUAGCAUUCAAAAAGAAGAAGUGAUCACUGUACAAGAAAAAGCAUCACCAGCUCUUGGUGUUUCGUCACAAUAUGAAAAGUAUUUCAAGAUGAUGAAGAUGGGUGUACCAAGAGGUGCUGUCGAGCAGAAAAUGAUUGGUGACGGUUUGGAUCCGGCGAUGUUAGAUGCUAGUCACUCAACUCAGGAGUCUGUCGGACACGUGAAACAAGUUGAAUCAGAUAUCGGAGAUUCGGAUUCGGCUUCGUCUUUCUCAGACUCUGAA